AUGAAUGAAUAUACUGCAUCAAAACCAUUGGGAAAUAAAAAUAAAAUCAAAAACAAGUUUACUCAUAAUCAUUUUCAGGAGAUUCCCCUAUAUAAAUUAGUGACACCUUUUGAUAACCCAAAAAAUCAAUUAGUAUUAUCUGGUAAUGGAGAUAACGAUGUUGAAGUACGAAGAAGGAUUUUAAGAUUGGAGGAUUUUGAUGCACAAGUUGAUAUUACAUUAUUUGAUUUGAUACUGUCUUCUCCAACUGAAGUAAAAAUGGGUGACAAUGAAGUAUCAUAUAGUCAAAGCCCCAAAUUUCUGAUGAGUACAGAUUUCAAGAAAAUGGUACUCGAGAAUGAUGGCGAGGAAGUUUUAAAUAUCAAUCCCUCACAAUUGGUCACUGAAGUUUUAAUCACAGAGACAAAAACUAUGUUCAUUUUCAAAGACGAUGUCAAAUAUGGUGAAAAAGAGCUGCAGUGCAGAAGUAUAUUACUAUAUCUUGGCUUUAAUCACAAUAAGAACUUCCUAAAAGUUUGGAAUACACUCAAAAGAAAACAAAGGCUGAAUGAUAUUGGAUCAUUCGAGUUGAAAAACAUGGAAUUUGCACGAAAAUUAAGCUCAUAUCAUUACCUGAACCUAUGUAAAAUUCUAGGGAACUCUAAUAGUCAACAAGGCUCAAGAAAUAAUUUAUCUGGGAAGAACUUCAAUUCACUAAACAAAAACAGACCACAAGGUAUCAAGAAACCAGCAUCAAGAAUCAAUUUACCCAAAUCAGCGAAGGAGAAAUCAUCAAACCCAAUAGGUAUAUCCUCACCAGCAACUCCUACCCGAUUUUAUGCUCCAGAUCUAGGUUCAGCUCGUUUGACAAGAUCAGUUACAAGAACAGAGGGAGGAUCAAACUCUCCUGAACCUACCUCUUUACGUCAUCCAAUAACAAUUGACGAUGGAUUAUCAGUAACAAGGCCAAGAAGAGCCAACAGAGGACCAAGAGAAGUUUUCAAGCCAUCAUUGGUUUAUAUAUUUAAAGAUAAUUCAUAUUAUAAGAUCAAGAAUUUAGAUUUUCAAUGUCUUUAUAAGAGUCAAUGGAUCAAUGAUACAAUGAUUGACUUUUUCAUCAAAUAUUUUGCAGAACAAGCCAUUGAUCAAGAUCGUGUUAAAAGUGAAGAAUUACAUGUCUUUACAACUUUUUUCUUUUCGAAGUUAUCAGAUAGUAUUAAUAAUUAUGAUAAUAUCAAGAGAUGGGUUUCAAAAAUUGAUUUCAGUUCCAUCAAAUAUAUCAUUGUACCCAUCAAUGAAAAUUUACAUUGGUAUUGUUCAAUCAUAGUUGAUUUUGAUAAAGUUUUACAGAAACAUGAUAAACAUUCCAUUUGUAAAAUUUAUGUUUUUGAUUCAUUAAAACAAGAACAUAAAAAUAUAUUAAAAACUUUCCAAAAUUUUAUUGUGAAUUAUGCAAAAGAUAAAUUUCAGAUUGAUGUUGAUCCUAAAAGAAUUGAGCUUAGAACUUCACCAGUCCCAAAACAACCAAAUUUUAAUGAUUGUGGUGUUCAUGUUAUUUAUAAUGUUUUCAUAUUUUUAGAAAAUCCUGAUCGUUGUUUGAAUUUCUGGAAUAGACCAGAUCAUAAAACAUUUGAACUUUCUCAAUUUUUCAAGAGAAAAGAUCGUGAAGAGAUGAGAGAAAGAUUAAGGAAAACUUUGAAACAAUUACAAAGUGAACAAGCACCACGUGAAGAUGAUUCUGAAAAUGAUGAACCCGAGCAAGUACCAGAUGAUGAUGAUGAUAUUGUUUAUAUUGAUGCUGAAGAAUUUCAUGAUGGUAAGAAUAAAAAUAAUGAUUCAACUGAAGCUACAGAAGAUACGCAAGAUAAUGAUCAAACACCAGAGGCUCCACGAAACCAAGAUAAAAAGGAUGAAAAUGAGAUUGACCCAGAUGGUAAAGUGAAUACUGAAGGCAAAGAAGAUGAUGAAGAUUCACAAGAAAUGACGAGAAAAGAGAAUGAUAAAAAUUCAGCAAGUUUCACAUCAAAAGUUGGACCUAACGGGGCAUCCAAAUCUUCAACUUCAAAACUAAGUAAAGAACAAACUCCAGUGAGUGAUGAUAAUCCUGAUUCGUAUCAUGAGAUCACACAGGCUGAUUAUAAUAAGGUUGGAGAUGAAGAAAUUUCUAGAGUUCAAGAACCAAAGGUGAAAAAUAACAACGAUCAAGAGAGAUUUUUCUCUAGUGACGAUGAAAAUGAAAAUAGGAAACCAAAAACAAUGUUUACUUUCAAUUAUUCUAAAGAUAAGUCAUCACAAAUAUUAAGAAGUUCAAAAGAUCAUGAUUCAAUUGAAAAUUCUGAAGAUGAAGGAAAUGAAAAUUCCAAAGAAUCAAAUAAUUUGAAAUCAGAACAAGAUCUUGAAAAUAUAGAUACACAAGAGGAUGCACAAAAACGCGAUAUACAUGAUGAAAGUUUAAUCAAAAUUCAUUCCACAGAGCCUUUAAAUUCUGGAUCAGUUACACCUCAAGAGAUUACAUCUACACCAAUUCCAGAAACACCAGUGCCUGAAGCUCUUACACCAGAACCAAGUCAACAUAUCAAAUCUGAUAAACCAACAUCUUCUCCACCAGUGCAAUUUAGUCAGGAAUUGAUCGAUGAAGAUGAAUUUUCUAUUGCCUCAGAUCAAAGAAAGAAGGAACAAACACAAGAUAGAGAUGAUGAUAAUGAUGAUGUUGAAAUGAAGGAGACAAUUAUAAAUCCAGAACCUGGAGCUACUACUUCAAACGAUGGAGAUCAGAAUUAUACAACAACAAGGAGAAGAUCAAAAAGAGUUAUGGGAAGGAUCUUUGGAGAUGAUAGGGGUAAUGACUCAGAUGUGGAAAUGGUCCAUGAUAAUGAGGAAGAUGAAGAUUUGAAAGAAAAGCAAAAUGAAAAAGUUCCAUCUGAAGAAGAUUCUAUUAAUGUUGAUGACCUGAAAACUGGUAUAGAAACAGUGGAAGAGAAUUAUCCAAACUUGAAAGAAAAUCGUUUAUCAGGAUUUAGAAACAUAUCAUAUAUCGAGGAUGAUGGAUAUUCAUCAUCACUGUCAGAAGUUGAAGAAUUACCAGCUCCUGAGCCAACACAAGAGCAAUUAAGAGCUGAGAGACUAAAUAGAAGAUUAAUGAAAAAUAAAUCAAAAGAACCUGAAACACCCAAAUCACCAAUCAAUGAUGAUAUUACAAAAGAGAAAGAAGUUGUUGAAUUGGAUGGAGAACCAAAUAGACCAGCAAAUAGAAGAAUAUCUCAACAGGGAAAGAAGAAACCAAGUGCAGGAUCAUCAAAAUCUGAUGCUUUAGAAAUUGAAGAUGACCCCCAAGAAGUUACUGCUUCAAAACCAAAAAAAGGAAAAACUGGUUCCAAAACAAAAGGACGAAAUCAAAGAGCUAAACCUCAAACUAAUUAA